AUCAAUGAAGAGAGCAUGAGCGAGAGAGAGAGAGAGAGAGAGCGUCACAGUGUUUUCGUUCAGUACACGUUACCUCACACGCACUCUGAAGACACAGCAGCGAGAAAGGGCACCCGUAUCUAUCCGUUGCAUUACUAGCUGGUUUCUUUCAGAGAGAGCUCUGCAGACGUGAAAAUACCACGAUUACUGCCGAAGUGGAACUCUCGCCAGUUGCCACAGUCUUUCCUGGAUUCCCUUCAACCUUCUCGCCGCAUUUCUCUAUCCUAGGUUUUCUGGAAUGAGCUGUUUUCCUGCUUGCGUCGUUUCCAUGUCAGCAUGGGAACUGCCGUGUCCAAAAGGAAGAAUAUAAGAAACGAUGCGACAUCUUCCGUGGCAGCAAAAGUUAGAGCAGCGCGAGCGUUUGGAGAGUACCUGUCCCACACACACCCUGAGAACCGAAACGGCUCAGCCCAUCUCCUGUCUGACACGUUUGUUGUCCCAGACUCUGUCUCCCCUGGCGGUGUCCGUCACCACAACAACAACCAUCCAUACCCCCACAGGGGCUCUCCGGCCUCCCCUGAGUCCAGCCUGGUGAAGCAUCCGCUGGACCACCUCCAGCCCCCGCCCGCCUCCAUCACCACCACCAAGACCCGCCUGUCUCUGGAGCGCAGCUUCUCGGCCGAGGAGGACCAGCAGAAGUGUGUGGAGUGCGCCCUGCAGCCCGCCCGCGUCUACACCAUCACCGGAGAGCACGGUAUGCUGGGUAGCAACCGGGGCAGCAAGGAGAGCCUGGAGCUGGAGCUGCUGAAGGGGGCGUCACCCCUGGUCCAGCCCUCCACCUCCCCCUCCUCCACCUCCUCCUCCUCACCCACCCAGCACCACCUCCGUCACGGUCACCGCAGCAACACUCACCGCGAUGACGGGAGCCAUCGUCACGGCAACCCCGUGGCCGGCGGCAGUGGCAGCAACCAUCACACUCUGAAUGUUACUGGUGGGGGAGCCUCCCACCAUGGUCACCAUGGCAGCCACCACCACCUAUCCCAGCAGCCUCUGUCGAGCUCGGUCAGCGCGCAAAACAUCCGCAGCUGGGGCGAGGGGGGCAAGGGGGACUCACGGGAGGACUGCAGCCUCAAUGUGGUCUUGGACUCUAGUGGGGCCCCGUCCCGUAGCCAGGGCUCCCUGGAUCUAGAGAGCUCCCGCGAGGCAGGCAAGCAACACAGGCGCCUAGAGAGGAUGUGCAGUGUGGACCGGAUGACUGGGCUGGAGAGAGAGGACAACAACUGGUACCCUAAAGACAAUAUGUUUAGCUUUCAGACUGCUACUACCACCAUGCAGGCGAUAUCGGCUUUCCGGGGAUUUGUGCAGAGAAAGAGGAGAGAGAGGGAGCUGGAUUCGGCUGAAGUCAUCCAGAGGAACUUCCGGAAGCAUCUCAGAAUGGUGGGCAGCAGGAGGAUGAAGGCACAGACAUUUGCCGAGCGUAGAGCGAUGAGUUUCAACCGCUCCUGGAGUGACCCCACCCCUGUCAAGAAUGACUCUCCACAUGACCCCAGAGACAGUGGGGACCUGCCUGCCUCGUGUGGGACCCUGGAUGAGGGGGAGCGUGAGGAGCUAGACUGGGAGGAGGAGAGGGAGAUGGAGAGACUUGCCUGUGAGGGAGAUGACUUCAUCCCACCCAAAAUCAUGCUGAUCUCCUCCAAAGUCCCCAAGGCGGAGUACGUUCCCACCAUCAUCCGCAGGGAUGACCCCUCAAUCAUCCCUAUCCUCUAUGACCAUGAACAUGCUACGUUUGAUGAUAUCCUCGAGGAGAUUGAGAAGAAGCUAACAGCCUACAGGAGAGGCAGCAGAAUCUGGAGGAUGCUCAUCUUCUGUCAGGGAGGUCCAGGGCAUCUGUACCUGUUGAAGAAUAAAGUGGCCACAUUCGCCAAGGUGGAGAAAGAAGAGGACAUGAGCCAGUUCUGGAGGAGGCUGAGUCGGUUUAUGAGCAAAGUGAACCCUGAACCCAACCUCAUCCACAUUAUGGGCUGCUACGUCCUGGGAAACCCCAAUGGAGAGAAGCUGUUCCAGAAGUUGAAGAACCUGAUGAGGCCUUACUCCAUCGAAUUCGAGUCGCCACUGGAGCUGUCUGCGCAGGGAAAAGAGAUGAUUGAGAUGUACUUUGACUUCCGUCUCUUCCGCCUGUGGAAAACUCGCCAGCACUCCAAACUCCUGGACUACGAGGAUCUUUUAUGACGGGGCUCCAAGUCAAGUCCGUCCUGUAGCAUACAUGCAGUCUAUACUGGGACAGGAGGACCUACUGAACACCACUGCUCAACUCAACCCUACUGCUCAGCCCCACUGUAACAUCUAUCACACCUGCUUUCAUCCAGGAGAGGACUGGGAGAGGGGGGUGAUGAAGAGGAGGACGAAGAGAAGAGGGACAGGAGUGAUAGAGAGGUCGAGGAGGAGGCGAGGGGUGACAUAGCAGCUGUCAUGGUGCUGUGUGUGUCACCCAUUAUUUAUUUCAACCCGCCUCUUCACCGCCUUCGCAACCACUAAGGUUUGAGGAUCAAAAAGAGAGACACCCAAGCAGAAGGGAUGCUAGAAGGACAACAAGAACUGAAGAUGGAGAGAAAGAGUGAACGAGUAGAACGGGAGAGAGAUCUUCUGUGCUCUUGCUCUCUCCCUUUAUGAAACGAGGAACAAAAACAUGUAUUAUCAUGUUUGAGGUGCUCAUAGCACUUUAAAGGGCAAUUGUCUGGUUCUGUUCUGGUUGGACCUCUCAGAGAAAUCCGGAUUGGAAAAGCAAAAUUCAAUCCAUAUGUAGGUGUGUAUGUACAGUGGGGCAAAAAAGUAUUUAGUC